CCGGAACACGUGGGCCCUAGAGAUGUACAUUACGUUACGUGAAGUUUGAAGGGGGUCGUGCUGUGUGCGGUAGCGGGCGAAGGAGACAGUGAUAGGCUGUGAUGGCCGUGCACCUUAACUAGAUCACUAGGUGUACAGAGAUGAAGGUUAAGGAGCCAACUGCAUGGGGACCUCCAGAGAAAUCAAAGAGGAGUAAGAGGACCAUUCGGCAAGCAGAUGAAGAUUCAUCUGAUGAUAUUGUUGGUCUAACCUGCCAUCAUGUGGGCCAGGCUGUGGAUUUGAACCACGUUAAAAAAGUAGUGUCCCAGAAUGUUUGGUCAGUGUGUACAGAAUGCAUGAAGGAGAGAAGAACAGUGGAUGGAGAAAUGGUAGCUCCUGCGGAUGUUUGGCUGUGCCUCAAGUGUGGUCAUCAGAGCUGUGGCGCAAACUCCGAAUGCCAGCACUCAUUGAAGCAUGUCCGCAUGUCUCACUCGGAACCCCACUGCAUUGGAAUCAAUCUCAGCACUUGGGUAAUUUGGUGCUAUGAAUGUGACGAACAGCUUUCAACUCGCUGUAACAAGAAGGUACUUGCUCAGGUGCUUGACUUUCUCCAAAAACAUUCAUCUCGCUCUGAGAAAGGAUUUUCAACAAAGGUUAUUAGACUACGAGAGGAAAACGGUGGAAAUCAGAAAGGAAAAGGCAUUAUUCACAACACAUCAAUACUAGUGAAAGGAAUUAACAAUUUAGGCAACACUUGCUUCUUUAAUGCUGUCAUGCAGAACCUGGCACAAACACACAUGCUCAAUGAAGCUCUAAAUGAAAUGAAGGAAAAGGGCACAAAUAUGAAUAUUGGUCAAAAUGCUGACAUUGGACUGGAACCUCUGGAAAUCAGUGUCUCAAGUCCUGGCCCUUUGACAUCUGCAGUGUUCUUAUUCCUGCACAGUAUGAAAGAGGCUGGGAGAGAACCCAUCUCUCCCAAAGUGCUCUUUAGCCAACUUUGUCAAAAGGCUCCUCGAUUUAAAACGUUUCAGCAACAAGACAGCCAGGAGCUUCUACAUUAUCUGCUGGAUGCAAUGCGGCUGGAAGAAACCAAGAGAAUACAAGCUGGCAUUUUAAAAGCAUUCAACAACCCUACUACCAAAACUGCAGAUGAAGAAACAAAAAGAAAAGUCAAAGCAUAUGGAAGAGAAGGUGUAAAGAUGAAUUUCAUUGACAGAAUAUUUGUGGGUGAAUUGACAAGCACAGUAAUGUGUGAAGAAUGUGAAAAUAUUUCUGCAGUAAAGGAAGCAUUUAUUGAUCUGUCACUACCGAUUGUAGAGGAGAGGGUAUCCAAACCAGUGCUUUGUGGCAGAGGAAACAAAAGUAAAAGUACUCAGGAAGAGGAGGCCAACACUCCGUGUCACUGUAAUAACAAUCAACCCUUGAGGAAUUAUUCUCUAACCAAAGAUAAAGUAAAGAAUCACUUGAAUGAUGAGGGGCAGAGUUGGAAAUCUGGUAGUACUGAUGACAAGAGAAACCUUGUAAUAGUGCAAGAAACGGUGGAUAAUGCUAUUAUAGAUAGCAGAACAGAAGAUGGAGUUCUUUGGAAAUUACAAUCUGUAAGCAGGGGUUUGGCACCUGGAAGCCAAUCAGAUGGCAGUGAGAGAGAUGAAGGGAGUCAGAUGGAAAGCAGUGGAGAUGCAGACAGCGAAGCCUCAGAAUGUGAGAAUCCAUCAGUCCAGACAGGACCCAGAAGAGGAAACCAUGUCGAUGAGGGCAUGGACAAUGACUUUCAUGAUUCUCAGAAUGAUGCUCUUUCUGGUGCCUUAUGCAAGCUCAGUCUCGAUCCUGAGACAAAGAAGAACAGUCAUUGUAAAAGGGACAUGUCAGACAGUGUUACCAACAGCAUGCCAUGUCCUCAUUCAAAGUGCAUAUCCCAGAGACCCCAAACUGCUUUUCAGACCCUCUCUCAGGGCUAUUCAGCUAGCUCCAAGGAAUGUUCUGUGCAGUCCUGUCUCUACCAGUUUACCUCCGUCGAGUUAUUAAUGGGGAACAACAAACUGCUAUGUGAAAAGUGUUCAGAAAACAGGCAAAAAUUCCAUAAGACAUCCAACCUUGCAGAAGAGAAGAUAGAAAGUGUUUAUACUAAUGCUCGGAAACAGCUUUUAAUUUCUGCAGCACCAGCUAAUCUCGUUUUACACCUCAAACGGUUUUACCAGAAUGGUUUAACCUUACGGAAAAUCAACAGACACGUGGACUUCCCUUUUAAAUUGGACUUGGCACCUUAUUGCUCAAUAUCCUGCAAGAAUGCUUUAGACAAGAGUGUUCUGUACAGUCUAUAUGGGAUAGUGGAACAUAGUGGCUCCAUGAGAGAAGGACACUAUUCUGCGUAUGUGAAAAUCCGGUUUCCUCCCAGAAGCAUAGGGGUCAAUAAGAGUGGUACAGGCUCCAGCGAUUGCACGAGGUCCGCUUCAGGUCAGUGGGUGUAUGUUAGUGAUACCCACGUGCAGACAGUUUCCGAAUCUCGUGUUCUCAGUUCACAAGCAUAUCUAUUGUUUUAUGAAAGAUUGUGCUAGUUAUCAUUAAAGUGAAUCUAGACACACCGUAUUUUUGUUAUGUGCCAAGUUAUAUGUACUAUGCAAUAAUGAAACUCAAUAGGGAUUAAAUAGCUAUUACUAUCCCAUUUUAAAUACCCAAAACUAGUGAUCCUCCCCAUUCUGUAUCCUGUCCCACACAUCCUCAGAGCACAAUAUGGCUUCUUUCUGCCUCUCCCUUCCCUCUACCUACAACUUUUCUAAAUCUAUCUCCUUCAAUUCAUGUUCUUCGCACGCUAUUCCCAUUUUUACAUUUGCCUCUAUAUUUUUUUUACAUCCUAGUUUAUUAUCCCCUCCUUUUCUCUUGGUUACCGAAAUAAAAAAGUCAUAGAGGAAGGACAGAGUUGUAUACAUUUAUAGGUAAAAA